AUGACUUCGCCUGAAGAGACUGUCAAGCUUGCCGAUGAGAUCCGUCAGAGGCAGGCAGUGGAUUUGCACUUUCCGACCUUCUCAACGCGGGGCUUCGGUCGCCGAGAUAGACCCGCUUUACGGCCAACGCCUCUACAGAACGAUGAUACCAUGACAAGUAGCAAUGACAUCGCAGCGGUGCGCAAUGCUGAUGAUGACGACAGUCAUACACCGCAUGAGGACGCAGCUAGUGCAGACGACCGGGAACAACCGGUGAUCCUACCUGACGAUGACGAUGAAGAAGCCGGCAACCUCGAGAUGGACUAUGUGCCAUCAGAACCCGCCCAAGAUGACAGCAACAACGAUCACGAAACUGCCGAAGAGCCGUCGAAAGAUCCAGACCAAGGUCUUUCACUGGCAGCAGAGAUUUUGGCAGCAGCUGCAUCCCCGGGGCCUACUUCGCCAAGACGACGAACUCAUAAACGCCGGCCUGAUGCCUUAAAAAGGACAGAAAGCACGUCCUCGGCAGGCAAAGCGAGUAUCAGCUCACUGGACUCACUACUUACUUCUCCCGUGCCAAGACGUAAAAGGCCUUCCUUAUCUAAAGGAGAAUCGAGCAGGGAUUCUCAAGCUGAGGCGGCGAGCAAGAAGAGGAUGACCGUGCUGCUGGAAGGCGAGAUGCCAGAAAGCGAACAAGGCCUCGCCCCAGAUGUCAAAUACGAAGACCUGGAAGAAGACCUUGGCAUCGACUCGAGGCCGAAGCUUUCUUCGACGCAUCCAGAGGACGCCAAUAAAACCACAGAAACCCUUCCACAGCAGCAGCAUUCAUCAGAAAUCCUCGCUCAGCACAGAGUCGGCGAUGACUUGAAUCAGGAUGACGAAGCAGUAGAGUCGCAAUCACAUGAAAGCGAUGACAAGGACGAUCUGGGAAGCUCCGAGGACGAGGACAAAGACGAAGACGAAGACGAAGACGAAGAUGAAGACGAAGACGAAGACGAAGAUGAAGACGAAGACGAAGACGUGGAACCGUCCCUCAAGUAUUCGCGUGUCAAAGGAGGCGUCAGUGACGUGCUCAAAAGAGACACUGCCUCCGCGUUUGCCCUUUCGUCUCGUUUCAUGGCUCUCGGUACCCACGCAGGUAUGAUCUACAUUCUCGACAUCGACGGCAAUCUUGUCAAAGGGUUUCGCCUCCACACUGCCUCGAUCCUCGACCUCGUCAUCGACAAUACCUCCGAUUUUGUUGCCGCUGCGUCAAUGGAUGGUCUCGUGUCCAUCUCUGCCCUUGCCACUGCUGAACAGUACGUUUUCGACUUUAAGCGACCUAUGAGGUGCAUCUCGCUCGAACCCAACUUUGGACGCAAAUCAUCCCGCGCGUUUGUUUGUGGCGGCAUGGCAGGAUCGCUAACGCAGCGGGAAAAGAGUUGGUUCGGCCACAAGGAGACGGUACUUGACUCGGGCGAGGGUCCGAUCUGGACGACACGAUGGAGGGGCAAUCUAAUCGCCUGGGCGAGUGACAAGGGUGUACGAGUCUACGACACUGAUGCUAAGCAGAGGAUCAGCUUCAUCAGUUCGCCCAGUAAACAUGUACGUGGAGAUCUGCAUCGAUGCACACUCUACUGGCAGGAUGAUCGCACUCUUCUGAUCGCAUGGGCCGAUCACAUCAAGGUAGCUAAGGUCAAGCAGAAGCAGUCCUCAGGCGCAAUAGCAUCUUCAGGUUCCAGCACUGCGUCCAACUCGACGCAGAACGCAGCAUCCGCGCUCGUCAGGGUUGGCGUUCCGGGAGCUAGUACAACGCAUCCGCAGUACUAUAUCGAGAUUACAGCCAUUUUUCAGCUGGACUGCAUGAUAUCGGGCAUCGCGCCGUACGGACUCGACUAUCUGGUACUCGCGUACGUCACUGAAGAUCCGGAAGACUCGGAUGAUGAUGAUGAUGACGAGAAUCAAGGGGAUCGCUCGGACCUUCGAACAUUCAAACGCCGUGAGGCUUUGCGUCCAGAGCUGAGAAUCAUCAGUCGUGCUGGCGAGGAGUUGAGCUCGGACGUUCUCAGCCUCACCGAUUAUUCACGCUUCCAGUGCAAUGACUACUUGCUAAUCCCCUCUAUUGAGGCGCAUGCGUACUCGGCGGCGCUGCUCGCGGGACGCAAAGUCAGACAGGAAUCCACGGAAGCGUCCCAGUUCUAUGUCGUCAGCCCGAAGGACAUUGUCAUUUCCAAGCCGCGCGACGAGAAGGACCACGUCGAGUGGCUGCUCGAGCGACAGCGCUUCCAGGAAGCGCUGAUCAAGAUCGAAGCCAUGGGCCGUACAGUAGCAAUGCAGAACGGGUUUGAUGCGGAAGAGAUCGGCAAGAAAUACCUCAACUGGCUUGUAGAGGAAGAUCGAUAUUCAGAAGCGGCGAGGGUUGCCAGCAAGAUUCUUGGUCGCAACGUCACAGCAUGGGAAGACUGGAUCUUUCUCUUUGUGGAAAAAGGCAAGCUUGGGUUGGCUAUUCCGUUCAUUCCGACAUCAGACCCAACGCUGAGCGAGGUGGUCUAUGAUAUGAUUCUCGCCCACUUUCUGCAACACGAUCUGGACAAGCUUCUGGAGACGAUCAAAGAAUGGCCGAGCGAGAUCUAUUCGACUCCCGCGGUUGUGCUUGCGAUCGAAGACCGACUCAAGUCUGGCGAGGGUCGGAAAUCAGUGGGCAGGGAGAAGCUGCUGAUGGAGUGUCUGGCCGAGAUCUACAUCCGCAAUCGACAACCAGGCAAGGCGCUACAGUACUACCUACGACUACGCCGAGCCAAUGUGUUUGAUCUCAUCCGCGAGAACAACUUGUUCACCGCAGUGCAAGACCAGGCAUUGCUGCUGAUCGAAUUCGAAGAGGAUCUCAAGACUCGACGAACGCAUCAAGUCUCCAAGCACGGUGCGGCAAUCGACCUACUCGUCGACCACACCUAUUCGAUCCCCAUCGGCCGCGUUAUCGCACAACUGGACUCCCAUCCACGCUUCCUGUACAUGUACCUCGAUGCGCUCUUCGACCGAGACCCGCAACAAGUGACGCCCUUCUGCGAUGUUCAGGUCAAGCUGUAUGCCGAGUACGAAGCUGGUCGACUGAUGCCGUACCUUCGUGCCAUGUCGUCGUUCUACAGCUUUGAAACGGCUUAUGCCAUCUGUGAGGAGCACGACUACGUUCCCGAAAUGGUCUUCCUACUUGGAAGGGUAGGCGACAACAAGCGCGCACUCUCACUCAUCAUCGAGCGACUGGGCGAUGUGGAACGAGCGAUCGACUUCGCCAAGGAGCAGAACGACGAUGAUCUGUGGGAAGAUCUGCUGGGCUAUUCCGAAUCUCGACCUGUCUUCAUCCGAGGCCUGCUUGAAAAUGUUGGUGCCGAGAUUGACCCGAUCCGACUGAUCAGGCGCAUCAAGAACGGGUUGGAGAUCCCUGGGCUAAAAGCGGCGCUGAUCAAGAUCCUGUCGGAUUUCACGCUGCAGAUCAGCUUGUUGGAAGGGUGCGAGGCGAUCCUCAGCCACGAUACAAAGGUGUUGUCCGACGAGUUGCAGAGGUCGCAGUUGUACGCGAGCUACGUGGACAAUGAUUCGGUUUGCAAUGUGUGCGAUGCAAGCCUGUUUGCCGCCAAGGGCAAGGUGGGUGCAGGAAAACGUGUGGAUACAUAUACCGCGGCCAGACAGCCAAGGGUGGUGGUAUAUUUAUGUGGGCACGUUCAUCACUUGACGUGUCUUCUGCCACCUGCGAAUGUGCCUGCGGUGAAACCGAAUGAUACGCUGUCGACGGAACUCAAGUGCACUGCAACUCAGGCGUUUGCAAGCACCCCGAGCAUCAGGCAGCGUUGGAAGCGCGUACAACACUCGUAUGCUGACUUGGAGCAACAAGAGGCAUUGGAUCCAGGUCCAAAGCCACUCGGUGCGACAAAUCAGAUCUCACAAGCCUCGCUGGAGCUGUCCACCUACGGACCGCUCCAGCGUGCCCAAGAUGCCGUAUCAAUCUUCCAAGCGCGGCUGAGAUACGAAGCGAGACUUCGGUCGACGCUGGUCGGUAAAAAAGGCUGUCCUACCUGUCGCAGGGACGGACUGAGUAUGCAGCAGGGUGGUAUGUCGACAUGA